AUGUCGUCCAUCGAGCGCCGUAGGCAGGGCUUAGCGCGCACGUCCCUCGGCAUAUGCGCCAUUGGCGUGCUCGCGGGCGUGCUCCUGCUUGGAAGCGAGUGGACACCUGAUGAGCUGAAGAAGCGGAAGCAGACGUUGGAGCAGGCGCCUGCGACGCGCUGGGAGAGGACGAAGUCAAGGCUUUUUGAGAUGACCAACUACUUCAGCGAACCAGCAUGGGAAGAGCUCCUCCCGCCACCAUUGCCUGCGCCGCAUCAAAAGCCGUAUACACUUCUCCUCUCUCUGGACGACCUGCUCAUUACGUCAACGUGGGAUCGUCAAUACGGCUGGAGAACGGCCAAGCGUCCCGGCGUGGAUUACUUCCUGGCAUACCUAUCCCAGUUCUAUGAGAUUGUAAUUUUCACUACUCAGCAGCACUACACCGCCCUUCCCGUCCUUGAAAAGCUCGACCCAUACAACUUCUUUAUCACCUACAAACUCUUCCGUGACGCCACGCGCUCGAUAAAUGGCAAGACUGUGAAGGAUCUAUCCUACCUCAACCGCGACUUGUCCAAGGUCAUCCUCCUCGACACACACGAAGAGCACGUCUCAACGCACCCCGAGAACGCGAUCGUCAUUCCCAAGUGGACCGGCGAGUCGCGCGACCGAGGGCUCGUGGCUAUGAUCCCCUUCCUUGAGUCAAUUGCGAUUUACAAGUCCCCCGACGUGCGGCCGAUCCUGACAGCAUACCAGGGUAAGGACAUCCCGAUCGAGUACGGCAAGAAGGAGGCCGCGGCCAAGGAGCGGCACAUUGAGGAGUGGAAGGCGAAGGGCGCGUCUGGGCUCGGAGGCGGGCUGAAGAUGAGCUCACUGUUCGCACCCACUCAUGAACCACAGGCUAAGUCUUCACCCGUCCCGCCUACCUACCUCGAACAAAAACGUACGGAGGCGCAGCGGAUAUACAAGGAGGAGCAGGCGUACAUCGCCGCGAACAAGCACGAGUUCGAGCGCCUGCUCGAGGAGGACCGGCAGGCGAUGGCACGGGAGAUGUCCGGCUCGCUCUGGGGCAUGUUGGAUGGCGCUGGAGGCAAGAAGCCAGAUGCUGCUUCACCUGCACCUACGCCUGCUGCUGGUGCUACUGCUCCGGCGGUGGCUGGACAGCAGGCGAAGGCAUGA